GCGUCUGUGUAGAAGCCGACGAGCUGGCCCGGGCAGGAGGACAGUGUGAUGAGGCGGCCGGCAUGGCGGCUGGUGCUGCUGUGCCUGGUCUGUGGCUUCUGCUCGCUGCUCUACGCCCUGGCUCAGAGAGGAAGCGGGAACUCCGAGGCGCAGGAGCCGGCAGCAGCCUCCACAGCAGUGUGGCGAGGGGCGCUAGGUGAGCGGCGCAGGUGUAAGGAUUUCUCUCUCUCUUUCUGGAACCCCUAUUGGAUGCUGCCCACUGGUGUUUGUGGAAAAAACUGCUUUUGGGAAGCUGCUUUUAGGUACAACCCUCCUGAAAAACAUGAACUGGAUCUGGAUCCCAUGCACUUGGCAGUCGUGGCUUGUGGCAAUCGGCUGGAAGAGACAGUCACAAUGCUCAAGUCUGCACUUUUAUUCAGUAUAAAGCCCCUUACGUUUCAUAUCUUUGCUGAAGACCAGCUGCACAAUGACUUCAGCACAAUUCUGAACAGAUGGGGAUUUUCACAGAAGUUUAAGUAUACACUAUAUCCAAUCUCCUUUCCAUCGGAAAAUGCAGCAGAAUGGAGGAAACUUUUUAAACCAUGUGCGUCACAGAGAUUGUUCUUGCCGUUAAUACUCAGAGAUGUGGACUCCUUGCUGUAUGUUGACACAGACAUACUUUUCUUAAGUUCAGUGGAUGAUAUUUGGUCCUUUUUAAAUGAGUUUAAUUCUACUCAGAUUGCUGCUAUGGCUCCAGAGCAUGAAGAACCACGCAUAGGAUGGUAUAACAGGUUUGCACGCCAUCCUUAUUAUGGAAAGACUGGUAUUAAUUCUGGAGUUAUGCUGAUGAAUAUGACUCGUAUACGAAGGAAACACUUUAAGAAUGACAUGACCACUGUUCGCCUGCAUUGGGGGGAAAUGCUUAUGCCAUUGCUGAAAAAGUACAAGCUCAACAUAACUUGGGGGGACCAAGACCUGCUGAAUAUCAUUUUUUCCCAUAAUCCAGAAAGUCUAUAUGUCUUCCCUUGCCAGUGGAAUUACCGUCCUGAUCACUGCAUCUAUGGAAGCAAUUGUAAUGAAGCUGAAGAUGGAAUUUUUAUCCUUCACGGGAACAGAGGUGUAUACCAUGACAAUAAGCAGCCAGCGUUUAGAGCUGUAUAUGAGGCACUGCGGAAUUUCUCAUUUGGAGAUGACGUCAUCCAUUCUUUGUUGCUUCCUUUAGAACUGGAAUUGCAGAAAACAGAGCACACCUACUGUGGCAGGAUACAUAAACUAUUCACAAAGCAGCUUACCAAAAGCAUUCAUGACUUUUAUACUAGGCAAUCAAACGUAAGGUGAUGCUUUUGGCUGAGCGACAUUGUGUGUGAACUAAAUAGGAUCGCACAAAGAAAAGAGCCACAGUUGAUCAUACGCUUCUGUUCAUAGGAAGCACUACAUGCUGUGUACUUUUACUGGAAACCGUUAUGGCCAUUUAUCAGAACCGAGCAAAUGCUUUCAAAGCAUCCGACUCUGUUUGCAUAGUACUGUACAAGGAUCAGAGUUUGUUGUAGGUUUUAUACAUCUAAAUGAGCUUUGGGAUAAUGUUUUGUAGCUUGCAUUCAAGCCACAUGUAGGGUAUCAGCAGUUAUUAUACAUCUACCUUAGUAACACUUAUGUUCUGAUCCUGAAUUAAUAAUAUUUUAUAAUAUUCUGUAUGACUGAGCCGUCUGAAAUAUCGACUAAAGUUAACCCAGUCAUGGCGAGGAACGUGUCACCAGUACUAUUGGUGGGCGAGACAUUUGCCUGUCCUCAGACCCCCAAUGUCAGUUUCACUGCCCCCUCCCCACUGUGAAACAGAGCAUUGAGCAGAGAUUUUCCAACUCUUCCUAAAAUAAUUUGGCUUGGGACAAAUACUGGUGAAGUACAUGGGUGACUUGCAUGGGAAUUCCUUAAAUGCGUAUCUUCUGAAAGUUUAAAAAAAAAGGUUUGCUUUGUGUCCUGACUAGCCUCCUUGCCCAUACAUUACCUUGUGCUAUCUUGUGUUAAAGACUUUAGAAAUUUGAGAAUCACUGCUUGCCAUUGUCAUAUCAGCUGGAGCAGUGUUCUUCCACCUGUGACCCUCCGGCUGAUCCAAAACUACAACUCCCAUCUUGCCCUCACAGCCUGCAGCUGUUAGGGCAUCAUGAGAGUUAUAAUUUUGCAACAGCUGGAUACCCAUAGGUUGGAGUUCUCUGAGCUACAGUUUCAGAUUUAAUAUGUAAAGAGGUUAUGCCAUGAUUGAUUUAAAAAAUGAAAAUCUGACAAAAUAUAGUACACGGCGAUCCCUUUCUAAGGCUUCAUUCACACGUCCGUGGAACACGGUCCGUGAGAUUCUGGACUGGCAUCCUGCUUAGUGCAGGAGCGCACGGCGUCAUUGGUUGCUAUGAAGCCGUGCGCUUUGUGCCGCCGCAGUACAGGAAUACACUCGUAUGAUCUAUACGGACGUGUGGAUGAAGCCUCACAAAGCUAGGACUUGACCUGCUAGAUUAUCUUCAGGCUGACAGCUCAGGGGCAUGUCUUUUCUCAGUUGGUGUGCCCUUUCUGCUGCAGCUCUCCCUAUCACAGAUCCGGAGGCAUGUCCUUGUUCAGUGGGCGUGUUUUUUUUCCUGUAACUGUCACAGCUUUUAACAAUAGAUAUUGCUUUUGUCAGUUGAAGGAUUUAACUGAGCAUGUGUGACCACCUCAGGAGGUGUACCCGAACAUUACCAUACAGAUUAAACACCAGGGGGUGCCAUUAUAAUGAAGUAAAGAGAAUGUCUCACAACUGGAGCAUUUUUAUAAAAGGAAAUAAAUAGCAAAAAUAAAUUUUAAUGCUGAAUUAUAUUAAAGUAAAAUUUAAUAGUUGCCCAACUCCUUUAUUUUAGGUUCUGUAAUGUGGGGAUUUUUGGAAAUGAUAGCUAUGUUAUCAUACAAAGACUGAUCAUGAGAGUACAAAUGUUCAUAAUCUUUUGUGUCUAUGACAGCAAAAGAGUUCUGGGACACAGAAAUGAAUUUUGGAGAUAAGGAAAACGGGAAUUGUAAAAGAUAAAUAAGAGGAAUUCUUUGGUAGACUUUUUGUUCGGUCAGCACAUUACUAUAGCCCCCUUUGAGGUAUAGAUGGCUCCUGUAUUCUCUUGCACUAAGACUCUUUGCAUUAGGGCAUGUUUGGAGAUUUCCCAAGGACUACUCCACCCAAUUACUCCCCUUCCAUUUAUAAUGGGUGUGAUUUAGGAAGCUUUGUACAUGUGUUUUAAUGUUUGUUUUUAGUUGUUACAAAAUUUAUAUUUCAUAUGUUCAGCUUUAAAAGGGCAUUCUCAUCUCCGACAUGCAUGGCAUAUCCCCGAUUAUGCCAUAAAUGUCUGACAGAUGUGGGUGCCAGCUCUAGAACCUGCAGCUUUUUUUAGAACUGUUUUUAAAACUCCCAUAGAAAUGAAUGAGAGUUAUGGAAACAACAUAGAAUGAUACUUUACUCUGCAGCUGGUUUGAGAUUGGUGUGGUUCCGUGAUGAACCCAACAUCUUUAAAGGACACAUAACCUUUCAAAAGACUUAGCAUUAAUCAAUAAUACAGUGUGGGUACAUGAAGAAUAACACCAUUUCAAACUACUAGUUUUCUCUGUGCAUUGUGCAUGUCUGGUUUGCAGUUCCCCCAGAGAUGGUGAAGACUAGCUCCAAUCCAGUGCCCACUUUAGGCCCCUUUCACACAAGCAAGUUCCACGCAUUGGACUCACAGCGUGUUUCAGCAAGAGCACCCGUCCUGACCUCCCAUCACUGACUGGGUCCCAUAGCAUUAUAUUGAUGUAUGAUGCUAUGUAACUCUUAGAGGACUGGAAUAUAUUGUAUAACACUGUCAUAAUGCUGUCAGGACGGGUGCUCUCACUGACGCACGCUGCGAUUACAAUGCCCACACAACUUGAUCCUGUGAAAGGGGCCUUACUUAAUUCACUCAGAAGCAGCCCCAGGGUCAUGGAAGACAUUACAGAGAAGUACUGACUUGUAUGGUUGUGAAUAAAACACUUGUGCUGAGAUCUAAACUUCCUAUUUAACUUCAGCAGUCUUUCUCUUCUGUUUUACUCUGCUCGUGCUCACUCCUCGCCUCUCCAUAGAUAACUGCUCCAGCUGAUAACAUGAGAAAUAAACAUUCCUCUCUGAUAAGACAUAUUACAAAGUUUCUUAUGGUUACUUGUACUCUGGAUUUAUGCAAAGUUGUGUGAAAAGUUAGUGACCAUUAAGUCAUUUAUUGGCAUAUCCUUUAGAUAUUUCUGUGUCUGAGAUGGCAAUACCCCUUUAGCAUUCAUUUUCAUUGCAUUCAUUACAGUAGCUGUAAAGCUGUACAUUACAUGAGCUUUAACAUGAUAAUGCAUAACCAAUUUCUUCCAUUGCCAAUGGUCAACAUUGUUAUAUCUGUUAAACUGUGCCCAUUCCUCCUUAUAUUAGGGUGGAAACAUACCCAAUAAUACAUUUUUUUUCCUCCAGGUUAUAUAGUUUUACUUUCAAGCAUGAUUUUGAAUAUUAAACCAAGCCUGGUAGGACAUUAGGGCAGAGAAUAAUGGUAUUUAUCAUUGAAAUCAAUUGCUGCAUUUCACUUAAAAACUGUUUAUUUAAUAUGUAAUGAGCUGUUAAGUGCACUGGGGGUGGACCCUUGCCCCUGGUGUACCGUAGCGCUGCUACUCUGUUGAAGAAUACCCUCCUUUCCUUGGUUGAUUAACAGGACCAGACAUCUGAAUUCUUAUCUCACCUGGCCUUGAAGUCUUACGCAGUGCCGUAUGGCACAGCCUUGGCGCAUGUGCAAUACAUUUUAUUGCCCACAACAGAACCAGAUUCUUCUAUUGCACAUUCACCGAUGUUGUACAGCCUGGUCAGGUGAGAGGAGAAUACAGACAUCUUGCCCUGUCAGUCAACCAAUGGAAGGAGGGGCUUCUUUAGUACAGUGGCAGAGCUUGAGUGCACCGAAAGGGCUAGGGCCUGCCCUCAUAGCUCAUUUACAUAUUGAAUAAACUUUUUUUGCAAUGGAAUGAGGAAAAUGAUUUCAAUAAUAAGAGUAUAGUUUUAUUACUCUCUACAAGCCCUACCAGGCAUUAUACUUGGUUUAAUAUGCAAAAUCAUGCUGUCAGACUCCCUUUAAAGAUUAUAAUUGGACAAUUAUCUUAGCCUGUAUUUUAUGUAAGAGUUUUAUUUGCUGUAAUGUAAGCUUAAUAUUUUUAAGAUACAAUGAGCAGCAAGCUGCUGAGAAACUUUGUCCAUAAGCUUGCCAGUCAAGCUGAUGGCCAGGCCUAUGUAAGUGAUAGACAGGCAGAAUUUGGCAUUUUUGUAUUGGUGCUGUUGGCUAUAAAGCUAGUCAUAUACAUGAGAUGUCCUGUCAUGUGUCAGGAAUGGGGAGAGGGGAGAAUUUAGCUGUCAGACAGUUUUUAGCAGCAGCUUAUCUCCCUGAAAACAAAAGGAUCAGUUUUUGCCCUGUAGUCUUCAUCUCCCCCAAAACCUGCCAUCGGGAAGAGAUGGGAGACCCCAUUACACUGAUGAAAUGGCAUUUAAAUAAUUACCAAAAGUAAUACACAUCAAAAACAACAACUGCUCUUGAUAUUGACCACAGUAUGGUUGUGGACUCUUCGCUGUGUCCUAUAACUGUUUGAAGGAGUCAAGCUGAAGGCCUUUGAAAUGCUUCAACUUGUUGCCACUGGCAGGCAUUUGAAACCUUACCAUAGAUACAAUUAUUUGGUCUCACGAGAAGCUCUCUGUUCCUCAGAAAAUUGUAACUCAGCAGCAAUAAAAGUUUGUAAGCUAUUAGAAUAAGAACUGUGUUUUGGGAUGGCCAGCUAUGCAAUGUAUAUGAGGGCGCUGAAUUUCAGUAUUUACCGAUCUUGUGUUCUCAUAGGAGACAAGCUACUGUGAUGGUCUGGCAGCUAUUCCCAUCUUUCCCCAUUAAGAACACAUCCAUGUUCAGCCCAGACCAGCAUGCAUGUAUUUGGGACUUCAGGAGGAAAAAUUGACUUACAAAUGAGCAUUCGGCCAUCAGCUGUCUUAAGGCCCCUUUACACUAUUUGAUGAUCAUUAAAAAAAAUCACUAAAUUGAGGGAAAGUGAUCAAUUAUCAAGUAGUUUAAAAUUAUUGAACGACAGAUAGUUGUUUAGUUUGUUGUUCUUGCGAUCACUGAUUUUAUCGUUCAUCGUCCAGAAGUCCACAAGUGUAAACCGGUAUUAUUUACAGCACAGACGAUUCCACAGUGAAUGUGGAAUCAUUAUGCCACUCAUGUCAAGUUAAUUCCUUCAGCCGGAAAUAUGUGCACAAACCACAAAAGAACGUGGAUUCGAAAUUUGUUUGCUAUUUCAAGUGUUCUCCUAUUGGUCAAAUUGAAGUGGGAGGAAACACUUUGAAUAUUUCUUGUCUAUAGCAUAAUCCAAUAUUUCCUUGGCAAGGUGAUGUUUUGCCCACAAGCUCAUCUUGCAGCUGUGUGGUCUCGAUAUUGCAUACAGCAGAUAAGGUGGUCUUUGGUGGUAAAGAACGGAACAAAUAGUCUUUCUGCACCUUUUUAAUACACCCUUUUCACACCUUUGAUCCCCUUUUUUUUCCCCAAACACCACCCACACAGUCACUUAUCUUCUAGUGCAUAUGCGACUGUUUGUCUGACAAACUAUCUAGUACACAGUCACAUUAAAACAUUUUUACACAAUAUUCUGUGCAUUUAAAGGGUUGUCGCUCAAAUAUUAACUACUCAGAUAACAACUUGUUCGCUUCUCGAACAAAUCAAUUAUCUACUUGUGUAAAGGGGCCUUAAGGUGUAUGGCCACCUGUAGAGUUAGGAAUACGUUUUCUGCUGGUAGUAUUGUCCAGUAGUUAGUUCCUUGAUUAGGCCUCUGAUUUUCUAUAAGGAUAACAGAAAUGAAAUGUUUCCUUAAUGAACAAUUUACCUUCUUAAUCCAGAGCCCUCUAAAUGGUCAUUUGUCUGUUUUGUCUUCUGGACUAUAUGUAAUUUACUGGAUUCUUCCAGGUAGCCCUCACAUUUGAUUAACAGUGCUAUAAAUAAUACUUGUCCAUCAGUGCAAUCCACUGUUUCCAUGACGCUCUGGUGGGCUCCGGAUAUUGCCUAAUAAUGGACCCCAAAAGUCGAGCAGAAAGCAUCUCCAUUUGAAGCUGAUUUUGGUUCAACAUGGCCAGUCUAGUAGAUGCUUCUCUUUAUUGGGCUUUCUUAUACCUAAAAGUAAAGGGUAGCUUUUAAGAUGUGCAUAUUUUUACUCUAUUCCUUGAUUGCUCCGACAGCCGCUCAUGACAGUUUGUUUUUUAUUUUUAGCGGGAGAGAUUUAGGAGCUUAAAAGCUAUGUAUAUACCUUUUGGAGGUCAUUUUUUAUGCAUUUUACUUAUUUUGGGCUAAAAAUCAUUUUUUCAAUUGACCUGUAUUAAAAAUAUUGAGCCAUUCUGUCACAAACAGUUAACUGUUUGUCUGUGUGAAUGGUACUUUCUCUUUCACUUUGUGCUGGUCAUCUAAUUAUCUCAAAAUUACUAUUCAACAUUUUUAUUGAAGACCAAUUAAAAAAAUGAUUUUUAGCUUAACAUGAGUACAACGCAAUAAAAAAAAAAAAAAAAGCAAUUGCCCCCAAAGGUGUACAUAGCCUUUAGAUAUCCCAGAUAGAACAGUUUAUGAAUAUAUAUAUAUAUAUAUAUAUAUAUACAUACAUACAUACACACACAUAACAUUACCAAUCAUUGCCAGCUCAUUUAGCUGCACUGACAUCACAGCAACCACCCCCUCGUUAUUUGUGGUCAGCCCAUCCACAGGGCCAUGGGCAGCCCACAAACGACUGUUUUAGGUGGGACAUAAAUGAGUGUUUGCUCGAUCAACAGGUGAUCAGUGUCAUCUUUAGAAAGGAAAGUUAUCGGAAACAAGCAUUCAUACAAAUGUUCAUUCCGAUUAUUAUCCUGACCUGUAUAAAAGAGCUCUUACACAAACUUUUAUGGGAUAAGAUGUGAUGUAUUUUUAUAGGAAAAAAGGAAACACAUAGUUGAGACGAAUAGCUGAAUAUUUCAAAGGUCGUUUUCUGUCUUUAAGGUUACACGGCGCAGGCGCGGUGAGGAAGCUUGCAGCCGGCGAGCGUCCUUCCCUCACUGAGCCUGCGCCGAAUACUGAACGGGACAGCGCAGGCGCAAGAUUUCCCCAGCGCACAGGGCCGUCAGGAAGCGGUGAAUGCUGCCUGGCCCUGUCAAUCAAGGAGGUGGGAGAACGGAGCCUCUAGGAUAAGGAGCACGCCCCGCCCCCCGCUGCUAGAGGCUAAUUUGUAUAUAAUAAAACAUUAAAUUGCACAAAAACGGGGGCAUACCUAAGAAAAAGAGUAGCACAGUUAGAUUCAGCUGACAUUUGCAGCCUGUUUAAUAGGGAUAAUUGUGGUGACAGAAACCCUUUAACAAUUUUAUAACCACAGCGGAGCAAAUUUUUUACUAAUGCCAUUCUUGCUGUGUUCUGAGGACCCCCUGAUCAGGAUUUAAACAUCCUUAGGAUUCUUGGAGACUCUUGUUGGGGAAACACUGACCUGGAGGCAUGGCAUGUAUCCCCUGAGAUACACAUACCACAAUUUGAGAAUCUAGGUGCCAAGACCACUUUCAGACAAGCGAUGUUAAACUUGUCCAUGGCGCACUCACCAGUAAGGACAGAUGGCGUCCAUGUGCUGUCUGACAACCAUUGCUGAAAUUUUUACUGCAUGAGCCGAUGCAUUAAUUGCAUUGGUCUCCCUGAAAAGUGGAUGAAAUUUUAAAAAUCUCAUUCACACGCAUUUGAAAAAAAAACCUGCACAGAAAUUAACAUGUGGAUUUUGAAUCCAGCACAUGUAAAUUUUUUUCAGCAGAUUUUCACUGCCAGUUUCAUCCGUUGUAAUGCAGUGAAAUUUCUGCCGCUUGGGAACAUACCAUAAGGCUCCAUUCACAUGUCGGCAAUUGUGCGGAACGGGUGCGAACCCAUUCAUUCUCUAUGGGAAUGGAUGCGGACAGCACACGGUGUGCUAUCCGCAUUUCCGGAGCACACUGCCGAUCUU